AUGAGCAACGCCAAACCGACGUCCUUCUGGACUCUUAUCAAGAGUCUGACGCGGGUAUCCGUCAAUGACGAUAUCGAUGAGGAAAUAUGGCGCCAUUUGCCAGACAUUAACAACAGAAUCCAAGACAGUGCCAAGCGAGCGUUUGGUGUUGGAUACGAGUGGAUUUUGGAACCCAACAAGGUGGACAUUGAGUGGCCUCCGGCAGCCGUUCAAACGCGCUAUAAUGGAAAGCACUUUUGGUACGGAACCGAUCAUUUGUUCCAGGGCGUGCCUUGGGACGAAUUGGAAUCCAUCAUGGCACAGGCAUUAGAGGGGGUAUCCGUGGAAGAAGACAAUUACCUGGAGAGAGUGACCAGAGUCCAGGAAAGUCUCGUGAAGCACAACGAGCGUGGGAUUCCUUCCCGGCAAGAAAUGGAAGGAACCUACGAUAUCAUUUAUUAUGCAGGCGAAUACAAGUACUUCCUGAGGCAUCAUCGGACCAGUCGUGGAACUCUUACAUUGACAUCCAUUCGUCAAGAGAACGGCAACGAUUGCCUUCAGGGGACCGUUGCAAUGGACCCCCAAGUGAGCAACGAUAUGGAUAUUAUUCCCCACGGAGGCAAUUUCACAUUUGUAGAGACGGAUCGAUACCAACGGGUGGUCACUCCCAAAGAACGCAACAACGAUAGACGACGAUCCAGUUCGGUGAACGACAACACCACGGUAGCCGGCGUGAUUCAAAUCCAGGUCACCCAAGCCCCCGAGGGAACCCUGGACAUGCGAUAUGGGCGUGUGACACGCAACGUCUUUCGAGGAGAAUUCAAACAGCUCCAGCAACGGGUGGCAUUGGGGCUCCUUCGGGAUUGCCCCCUGCCGUGGGGAGAGGACGACGAAUCUCCUCGUCGAGUUACCGUGGAACGUAAUGUGGAAGAAUGCUUGGAGGAAAACCAGAAGAAGAAGGAAACGUGUCUGCUUUGGAUGAGGCGACAUUUGGAGCCAUCAUUGCCCCCAGAAGUCGUGCGUCGCGUGCAGGAAUUUCUCUCCCCUCCUCCAUUUCUGGUAUUGGAAGAGAACGAUUGGGUUUUGGGAAUGGUCUGGUCUGGAGGACUUCCCAGUUACUCUGCCAAUUCGUGUCUGGUAGUUCGAAAGCGGCGUUGA